AUGUCAAAAAAGCCAUUAAAAAAGAGUUCAGAGGCAAAAUUCUACAACACAGUUAGUUGUUCGGCAUGUGUGACCUAUGCGGUUUUUUAUGCAAAUGUGAUUUGUGGAGUACCGAGGUUCACUGAUAUCGCGUCAUCUCAAACUGAGAUAAUUUGUCAGAAUCAUGAUUAUUCACUGGUCCUCUUUUCUAGCUCCUAUAUGGGCGGCAUCAUGGAAGAGCUUACUUCACCAGCAUUUGGAAUUUGGAUGGAUGGAAAGGAUCACUUGACUUCAUCCCGUGGUCUGGAUUUAUGUGCUUCAUUUAGACAUCUAAAAAUGUUCACAAUGAAUUGUAAAUUCACUGAGUCAGAUAAAUGUAAAGGUGUCAGGAAUAAAUGGCCAUACAUUUAUUUCAUUAAAAUUUAG